UGAUUGACAAUUGACAUUGACAAUUGACAACUGACAACUUUUCGUACACGUCAAUUUUUUUAGAAAAAACACUGAAAUUUAUUAUUUUAUACAUGUUUCCAAUGUUUUUCUAAAGUAAUAUGAACAUUUAUUAAGCCGGUAAUUAAAUCACUACAAACCAACUGAUUUACAAAGAGAUUUUCUGGUCAAGAUGGGAGUCCUAUUUAGUUAUUUCAAGAGCCUUAUCGGGGCCCGGGAGAUGCGUAUUUUAAUAUUAGGUUUGGAUGGGGCCGGUAAAACGACGAUAUUGUAUAGACUUCAAGUGGGCGAAGUAGUAACGACAAUACCAACAAUCGGAUUUAAUGUAGAACAAGUUACGUAUAAAAAUCUUAAAUUUCAAGUAUGGGAUUUAGGUGGCCAAACUAGUAUUAGGCCAUAUUGGAGGUGUUACUACAGUAAUACAGAUGCUAUAAUAUACGUUGUAGAUUCAGCAGAUAAAGAACGAAUGGGCAUAUCAAAAGACGAGCUGUUUCAUAUGUUAAGAGAAGAAGAGCUGCAAGAUGCUAUUUUGGUGGUCUUAGCUAACAAACAAGAUAUACCAGGUUGUAUGUCGUUGAAAGAAGUCCACCAAGCGUUAGGGUUGGAGGCACUAAAAAAUCGCACAUUUCAAAUAUUUAAAACAUCUGCAACGAAAGGGGAAGGACUGGAUGUGGCUAUGGAAUGGUUAGCCAAUGCACUGAAAAAUCGGAAAUAACAGCUUUAGAUUGUACUUGUAAUUUAUUUCUAGUCUGUAAUAAUUAUUACUAAGGAGUGAUAUGAUGCAAUGAGAUCAUAUUUGCCCAAAAUAUGAAAGGUGUAAAUUGUAUUUACAGAAGGUGAUUUUUAAUAUCAAAAUGUUACAUGGACUUUUUUAUAAAUGAACAGAAGUGAUUAUAAACUGAAAAGCAAACUGCAUCCUUGCCAAUAAAAUAUAAUUCGUAAUAUUAAAGCAUUAACAAUCUUCUGUAAAUGAUUUUAUUCUAUAUUGGAGGCAUAAAUAGCUUUAUUUUUGUAAUGUUUAUUAGAUUCAUUCCAUAUAUAAACUAGUUCAGAUUCCAUGAUUAUUUUUUGUUUGGACAUUUUUUUGUUAUUUGUACUCGCAAAAAAAACAAUUGUAUUUGAACAAGUUUGUAAGAAUUGCUUAUAUCAUUUUUAUAUUUUACCACGUCUUAAAUUUGUAAGAUUCAGAGUAUUUUUCACAGAUAUUUAUGUUAUUUUAGUUAUUGAUGUGUUUCUUAUGUAUCAAAAAAUAAAUUUAAAAAUGUAAAUAAACUAUAAUUACCGUA